AGCAAAGGCUAUGGCUGGGAUGUCAGAGGUCCAGUCAGUGAGUCUGACAUCAGACAUGUGGACUUCCAUGAACAUGGAUGCCUUCCUUGCCAUCACAUGCCAUUUCAUUGAUGCUGAUUUCAAACUCUCCACCGUGCUCUUCGGGGUGACCAAGUUCCCGCAAACGCACACAGCCGAGCACAUAAAGGAGGCCAAGAAUGUUCUUCUUGAAGAAUGGGGCCUGAAGGACAAAGUUCAUUGCCUCAUUACUGACAAUGCUUCCAACAUGAUUUUAUGUGCAAAGCUACUGAAAAUGCGCCAUGUGCCUUGUUUUGCCCACACCCUCAACCUGGUGGUGAAGAAGGCACUGGAGGUCACCCCUGAGAUACAGGACAUCCGCACCCGAACCAGGAGGAUUGUGGCGUUCUUCAAGUCCAGCACCAAUGCCAAAGAGAGACUCUCAGUGACUCAAGGCCAGCUGGGGAUUCCCACUCUCAAGUUGGUCCAGGAGGUGGAAACGAGAUGGAACAGCACUUUCCAAAAGCUCGAAAGAAUGUAUGAGCAGCGCCUGGCAGUGGGAGCAGCCCUGGGCAGUCUAACUAUGGACAUCCCUGCCUUAAGUACCACGGAACUACAGACUGUAUCCGAGUGCCUGGAAAUCCUUGGGCCUUUUAAUCACGCCAAUGUAGAGCUCUCUGAAGAGAAGAGAGUGUCAUCUUCAAAGGUCAUCCCAAUCCUCAGAAUGCUGCAGCACAAGGUUGCUUCAAAGUGUUCCAAUAUGGGCAACACAACUGCCUUACUGUUGGGACAAAAUCUUCUUCAUCAAAUGAAGGCCAAGUGCAGUGUGGAAAAUGUUAGUGUCCUGGCCAUGGCUACGGUGCUGGACCCAGGGUUCAAGACCUUAGCAUUUGGAAAUCAGACCAAUGCACAGGAAGCAGUAAAAAGGAUCACAGCUGAAUGCUUGAAGUACAUUCAACGUUCCUCUGCAACCACUCAGUCAGUCCCACCAGAGGAGAGGCCAGGGACAUCAAUGGCUGGACAGGACACGGACAACCUUUGGGAGCUACUGGACAGUCGCAUUGGUGCAACACGUAAUGUCCAGAGUGCUGUGGCAGACGCUACAGUGGAGGUCCAGCGGUACCUCAGUGACCCCUACCUCCCCAGAGGGGAGGGUCCAUUGGCAUACUGGGCCACGAGACGAACAGUAUAUCCCAAUUUGUUCCAACUGUGUAUGAUAUAUUUACACAUGCCAGCCACAUCAGUACCUUGUGAGAGAGUGUUUUCCAAGGCUGGUGAGAUAAAAAAAGAAGACGUUUGAGUUCCAGCACUGUGUAAAAAAUACUUUUCUUGAAUAAAAAUCUUUGAACCAUCCCCAAUUGACCAGUUCUGUAAUCAACACCUUGCAUUGUUUACACAAGCACAUAGGCUACAUCUAGUUUUUCCAGCCUUCAAAUGUGUCCAUCCCUUUCCCAGUUGCAAAAGCAUGUUCCAAAACGUAAGCCACUACUGUAUCAAAUAAUUAUCAAAUAAUAAUUUAUUAAUUUAGAAUAUACUUCCUCUAAAACGACAUCACCAGGAUUCAAACCCGCAAGUCUUAUCUGGCAGGCAGAGCUCUUACCGCAAGGCUAUACCGACAGUAACUGCAUGUGUGAAUAUUGCUAUAAGAACCAAAACAGAAAUGUUAUUAAUCUAAAAUAGCAAAGACGUUACGUUGUUUAUAUUACGACAAAAUAUUUGAUAACAUAUAUUUGACACUUACACAUUUGUCACAUAACCUUUAUUUAUAAAGUUGUCAAAGACGAUUGUGAGACUGACAUCUCGAGGACUUGACGUCACUUGAUUCCUUCCAUUGCUCGAUACAGUCGCCAUACCAUAAUUUGACCAGCAGAUGUUUUCCUAUGGAGAAAAUGUAUCGAACGCUUUGAAAAAGCGAUACUUUUUCGAGACAAUUGUGUCAAAUAGCUUGUUGCUUCGGAAAGCUUUGUUUCCCCCA